GAGCUGACAAUAUCAGAAAAUACUGGAGUCGUUACUACCAAGGAUCCCAAGGAGUAAUAUUUGUAUUAGACAGUGCCUCCUCUGAAGAUGAUCUAGAAACGGCUAGGAAUGAACUGCAUUCUGCUCUCCAGCACCCACAGUUAUGUACUUUGCCAUUUUUAAUACUGGCCAAUCAUCAAGACAAGCCAGCAGCUCGCUGCAUACAGGAGAAUACAAGCUGCUGCAUUUUAAAAGAUGAGGACAUUGUUAAGAAAAAGAAAAAUUUAAAAAAAAGACAA